GUCUUCCCCGUGUGAGUGCAUGUAGUGGGAGGGUCUGUGAGAGUGAGCGUCUUCAUGUCUCAGUCUUCAUUCAGUGGCCCUUGAACUGCUCGGAUUGAACCGUGGGCCGGCCGGCUAGCAGGUGGUGCUCAGGGACGAGGACCGAGGUGGACUGGAGUGCACAGUGAGAACCUCUGUGGACCGUCAGGAGCCAGCAGCAUGCUGAGGAUCCAGGUGUUGUUGCCUCUCCUGGUCCUCUGUGCCAGGAGCUUGGAUGCCUGGUGGUGGAUCCCGGACACCACCAAGGCUCCGGCGCUGACCACGCCAGCCAACGGCACCACGCCAGCCAACGGCACCACGCCAGCCAACGGCACCACGCCAUCCAAAGGCACGCCAUCCAAAGGCACGCCACCCAACGGCACCACGCCAGCCAACGGCACCACGCCAUCCAAAGGCACGCCACCCCACGGCACCGCGCCACUCAACUGCACCGCGCCACUCAACGGCACCACGUCACCCAACGGCACCACGUCACCCAACGGCACCACGCCACUUAACGGCACCACGCCACUCAACGCCCCACUGGCGAAGGACGAGGAGGAUGACGACCUAUCCGGACUUGGGGAAGAAAUUGUCAACGUGGCGACAGGAAUCCGUAAGUUUGUGGAGACGUGGGACGCGACCCCGGCCGCCAGGACUGAUGACGGGGGCAUGACGGAGGAGGUGGAGCGCGUCGCCGCUAACACCACGGAGGAGAGCGGCGUCUCUUUGCUCCAGCUGAUCGGAGACCCUCUGCCCGAGGAGGUCACCAGGUCGUACAUGCCGAACGGGGAGAGCGCCUACGUCUUCACCUCCGCGGCGGUGUCCGGCCAGCCGGCCGUGGCCCACGUGCCCAACCCUUUCCACCGCCACUUCUCCCUCCUCUUCCACGUCAAGCCCUCCACCCCCGCCGCCGCCGUGCUCUUCUCCAUCACCGACGGGCCCCAGAGGAUCAUGUACAUCGCCGUCAAGCUCGGCGCGGUGCGGUCCGGCCGGCAGCGGGUGCAGCUCUUCUACACGGAGCCCGACGCCGAGGCCUCCUACGAGGCGGCCAGCUUCGAGGUGCCGAGCAUGGUGGGCGCGUGGAACCGCUUCUCGCUGGCGGUCUACGAGGAGCAGGUGACCUUCUACUACGGCUGCGACUCGGUGCCGCAGGUGUUGAAGUUCGAGCGCUCGCCGGAUCCCAUGGAGCUCGACGCCGGGGCGGGCAUCUUCGUGGGUCAGGCAGGAGGAGCCGACGGGGACAAGUUCCAGGGGGAGAUAGCCGAUCUGAAGCUAGUGGGAAACCACCUCGCAGCUGAGCGUCUGUGUGACAACGAGGACGACUCCGACGCUGCCUCUGGAGACUGGAGCGGCAGCGGGGAAGGAGACGGGACACCCGCGGUGACCGCCGUGAAGACUUCAGCCACUUUCUCCCGGCCGCUACCUGAACCGCCUCUGAUAUCCUCGGAUGGACCCGAAAACAAAGAAAGAGGUUCGAAAGGGGACAAAGGUGACCGAGGAGCGACGGGCUUGGCGGGGGACUCGGGCCCCGCGGGGCCGAAGGGGGAUUCUGGCUCCGACUCCUCGGGUUCCUCCUCUGGUUCCUCUGGUUCCUCCUCUCAGGGGGGAGAACGAGGCCAAAAGGGAGAAAAGGGUGCAAAGGGGAAUUCUGGCUUUGGAUACUCGGGCAAUAAAGGAGAACGAGGGGCCCAGGGCCCCCCCGGGCGCACCGGUCCUCCCGGACCUUCAGCUGAGGUGCUUCGACUCGGGAACGGCUCCGUUGUGCAGCAGGGGUCCAGGCUACCGGGACCCCCUGGACCAGCGGGCUCGGACGGGGCCGCAGGACCCCCAGGAGAGGAUGGAGAACCCGGGGAUCCCGGAGAGGAUGGAAAAGCUGGUCCCAGUGGGCCACCAGGCUUUCCAGGGACUACAGGAGCAUCUGGUGCCAAAGGCCAGAAGGGCGAUCUCGGAGAGGGUCAACCAGGACCCAGAGGCCCCCCGGGUCUACCAGGACCUCCCGGACCUGGGACCGGUGACAACCCGUUUAUCGACAUGGAGGGCUCAGGGUUCCCAGACUCGUACAAGAGGGGUGCCCUUGGUCCUCCGGGCCCCCCGGGGCCUCCGGGGCCCCCUGGGGUCUCUGUGGCUCUGGGACCCGACGGUCCGAUUUCUUUCGGACCACCUGGACCACCUGGACAGGAUGGAGCGCCCGGUCUACCAGGUCCUCCUGGUCCACCUGGUAGAAUAGGUCAACCUGGACCCGCAGGAGGGAAGGGUGACAGCGGUGACCUUGGUCUCCCAGGAGCCGCUGGAGAAAAGCAAACCUCACAAGGCUCCAACUUUUUCACCGACCUGUUUUCUUACUUUGCUCCAUCCUCUACGGGUGCUCAGGGUGACCUGGGACUCCCGGGUGCCUCAGGGCAGGGAGGGCUGGCAGGGCUUCCAGGUCCCAUGGGACCAGUUGGACCCCCGGGACCCCCCGGUCCACCAGGGCCACCGCCUCGCUUUGGUUACGGUUACCAGGAUGGAGACGGGACGAACAACGGCUCGCCGGGCAUCGCUGGCCCACCUGGACCUCAGGGUCCAGCCGGUGUCCCAGGUCUACCUGGUAGGCCGGGUUUUCCAGGUAACCAUGGAGACAAAGGAUCAGAGGGACCGGCAGGACCUCGUGGGAUUCCAGGUCUCGACGGCUUCCCAGGACAGCCGGGUGAAAAGGGGAACAGCGGACAGCAGGGGGAGCCGGGUCUGCCAGGGCGAGAUGGGGGUCUUCCUGGACCUCCAGGGCCUCCCGGUCCUCCAGGACAAGUCCCGUACCAGACGAGCGAUUAUAAUGACGUUUAUUGGAGCGAAGGCCUCCAGGGCGGGAUUGGUUUUCCGGGUCGACCAGGGUUCCCAGGCCCCUCGGGACCAAAAGGAGACAAGGGAGACGUGGGUCCUUCGGGAUACGCAACUAAAGGGCAGAAGGGAGAACCGGGUAUCAUCACGGACUCUGAUGGGAGACCUCAGUACAUCGGUGGUCAGGCGGGACGUCCGGGCGACCGAGGACCUGCUGGCCCAGAGGGACCUAGAGGUCCUCCUGGUCCUUCAGGACACAAGGGAGAGAUCGGGCUACCAGGUAGACCUGGUCGCCCGGGGCUGAACGGCGUCAGAGGAGAGAAGGGGGACUCGCACUCUGGAUAUGGAUCCGGUAUCGCUGGUCCUCCAGGUCCACCGGGCCCCCCUGGUCCUCCAGGAGGUUCUUCCCCCACUCUCUCGGGAUAUGAUCACAGGUUUCACCCAGGUACUAAAGGAGAGAAAGGUGAUCGAGGAACUCCAGGGACUCCAGGUGGCGGAUCAACCUUUGGCCUUACCUCCACUAUUAGGGAUGAGUUGAAAGGGGUUCGGGGCGAUCCGGGCUUCAAAGGAGAGAAAGGAGAACCGGGUGGCGGAUAUUACGGAGGGAGCGGAGUCGGAGUCCCUGGAGUGCCUGGACCCCCCGGUCCCAGAGGCGAUUCAAUCGUCGGCCCGUCGGGCCCUCAAGGGCCACCUGGUCAGCCAGGAAGAGGGUACGAUGGGCCGCCUGGACCACCAGGGCCGCCGGGGCCGCCAGGAGAGUCCUCACCCGGAACACAAAGGGGCACGCAGACGAUCAAUAUUCCUGGACCCCCGGGACCGCCUGGAGUACCUGGACACUCCUCAGGGGUGACAGUGAUGAGGUCUUAUGACACCAUGACAGCCACCGCUAGAAGGCAGCCCGAGGGCUCCCUGGUCUACGUCAUAGAACAAACAGAUCUCUACAUCCGGGUCCGAGAUGGAGUUCGUCAAGUCCAGCUCGGGGGCUACAUCGCUUUUCCCAGUGAGGAUGGUAAUGAGGUAGCAGCUGUGGAGCCCCCACCAGUCAUCCCCUAUUUCACAGACCACCACCCAAGCAACCCUGCACACGACGCCGUCCCCAUUCCUGAGAGUCCGGUCCCCCGGUACCCUUCAAACCCAGACCCCCGGUACCCUUCAAACCCAGACCCCCGAUACCCUUCAAACCCAGACCCCCGGUACCCUUCAAACCCAGACCCCCGAUACCCUUCAAACCCAGAUCCCCGAUACCCAUACCCUGACCCACAAUACCCAUCAAAUCCAGACCCCCGGUACCCUUCAAACCCGGACCCACAAUACCCAUCAAAUCCAGACCCAGCAUACCAACCUGACACACGAUAUCAGCCGGAUCCGCGGUUCCCGGCUCCAACAGAUCCCAGGUAUCCAAGUUACACAGACCGGAUAAAUCAACCAGACGGUAGGAUUUCUUUGAAUACGGCCCAGGAACGCCCUGCCUACCCGGACCCUCGUUACCCGGUCACCCCCCAGCGAAGACCACCUCCUGCUGUGCCCCAGAUUCCAGUCCACCAUCACACCUCAGGUCCAGGGCUCCACCUAAUCGCCCUGAACAGCCCCCAGACCGGCUCCAUGCGGGGCAUCCGCGGGGCCGACUACCUGUGCUUCACUCAGGCCCAGGCCGUCGGGCUGAAGGGGACUUUCCGGGCCUUCCUGUCCGCCAGACUCCAGGAUCUGCACAGCAUCGUCCGCAAGGCCGACAGGGACCGAGUGCCAAUAGUCAACCUGAAGGACGAGGUUCUGUUUGACAGCUGGGACGCCGUCUUCAACGACGGCAGGGUGAAGGACAACGUGCCAAUCUACUCCUUCGAUGGCAAAGAUGUCCUCAACGACGGCACAUGGCCAGACAAGAUGGUGUGGCACGGCUCGACGGGCGGCGGGCAGGGCCACGUGGACGGCAUGUGCGAGAUGUGGCGCGUGGACAACAGGGCGGUGACCGGCAUGGCGUCGCCGCUGCAGAGCGGCAGCCUGCUGCAGGCCAGCGCCAGCAGCUGCUCCGGCUCCUACGUGGUGCUGUGCAUCGAGAACAGCUACGCCGCAGAGGCCAAGAGAUAGACGCGUACACACACACACACACACACACACACUGGACAAAGCAGUCAGACGUGCUUUGGUCCACAGAUGCUCUUCUAUCUACUGUAAAUAAGUCUUUUUUUUGUCAUGAAUAGUUUGUGUGUCAGCCCCUCGUAUUUGGUGCUAUUCAGAAUUAUCCCACUUUUGGAGCCAACGUUGAGUUCAGGUGACUGUUGUCGCCAUGACGUUGAUGUAAAUGUUAACAUUAGCUUGGUGCUAGCUCGUUAGCUGUUGAGAUUUUGAAACAACAUCCAGAUUACUCUGGAUAAUUAACAGAACACAGACUGAUUUCUUAAGGACUAUUUUCUUUGCAGGAAGUAGUUCCGAAGCCCGGUAAAUGAAAUGUUUGUUUUUGACUUGACAUCUUAUCUGCACACUGAUAUCUGUAACCCAUAGCACUCCAUUAACAGCCUUUUUAUACCUUCAACUGUCAUACUUGGGGAGUUUUCAAAUCUUAGCAGUAACAAAUGGAUAUUUAUUUUUUUAUAAACUGUUUCUACUAUAUUGUGAUGUGAAUGCGUUCACAAAUAAUUACAACAUUUCCAAAUAUAUCCAGCAAAUGUGCAAACCCUACACAAAUGUGUGUAAUGAAUAUUAAACUCUAAUAUGGAGUUGGUGCACUUGGUAAGCAGACACGAUUAUCUAGAGAUAUCUGGAGGAUUCAGCUCUAAAUGUGUGUUCAUGCACUGUUGCUUUCUAUUUGCCAGCUUAAACGCGGACAUUAUUCCAGGGUUUUUAGUCCAAAGUGAUGUUUGAAUUUGCCAUAACCAAUUUCGUUACAUUUUUAUAUUGCUUUUGUUUUCUAGUGUGAGCGCGAUUUUUAAUUCUCAUUGAAUAAACCUGUGUGGAAGUUGUGA